AUCUGUGUUGCUGCCUCUUCUGCUCUGAGUCAGUCUGUCAAAGUGAAAAGCAGAGACGAAGCUGAGCGGAACAGGAUGCAAGCCAUCAAAUGUGUGGUCGUUGGAGACGGAGCUGUGGGAAAAACAUGUCUUCUCAUCAGCUAUACAACCAACGCUUUCCCUGGGGAGUACAUCCCCACUGUAUUUGACAACUACUCCGCUAAUGUGAUGGUGGACAGCAAGCCAGUAAACCUGGGUCUCUGGGAUACAGCAGGACAAGAAGAUUAUGACAGGCUCCGCCCACUUUCCUACCCACAGACGGAUGUUUUCCUGAUCUGUUUCUCCCUGGUGAGCCCAGCAUCCUAUGAGAACGUCAGAGCUAAGUGGUAUCCGGAGGUUCGCCACCACUGCCCUUCCACACCGAUAAUCCUGGUGGGCACCAAGCUGGAUCUGAGGGACGAGAAAGACACCAUUGAGAAGCUGAAGGAAAAAAAGCUGGCACCAAUCACCUAUCCGCAGGGCCUAGCUCUGGCUAAGGAAAUAGAUUCAGUGAAAUACCUGGAGUGCUCAGCUUUGACCCAGCGUGGCCUGAAGACUGUAUUUGAUGAGGCGAUCCGGGCUGUCCUCUGUCCCCAGCCUGCCAAAGUCAAGAAGAAGCCCUGCUCACUGCUGUAAAUGAUUCCUCCAGAACAAGAGAAGACGAGCAAAAGACUGUCAACCCUGGGUUAAAACAAUAAUUUGAAAGCGCUGCAUCCAAUAGAAAAAAACAUCAACAUGUUUGUAGAUGUGCACUGGUUGAAAGAAAAAAUAUUUUGGAAGUUACAGAAAAAAAACAGAAAAAAAGACAACUGUAGUAAACCAACCUAUU